AUGGCUUCUCUCUCUCACUCCACUCUUCUUCCAGUCUCUUCUCUCACCACAUCUUCUUCCUCCUCCUCCUCCUUCCACUGUUCCUGUUCUUCCCCAUCUUCUCAGUCUCUUCGUUCCAAAUUCCGAUUGUCCUCACUGCCUCGAUUCCUCUCUAAGGGUAGACCCAAGAAGAAACCAACGCCACCUGAUGGGCUUUUGAUGAUCAUCAAUCCCAUUUUGCUGUUUAACGGUGUCAGUAGUUCCGCUUUCAAUUUCGAUACCCAGACCCUUCUCGCCACUGUUAGUGUUCUCGCUGCAAUUGCUCUCUCCUUGUUUCUUGGUUUUAAGAUUUUGAGUUGUGUAAUGAAGUUAUACAGAAGAUUCUCUCACGGCACCAUUUACUGUGAGCUCAUCUUUGGAGUUGCAAAAUGGGAUUUUACUCUUCUUUCGAUACCACAUGGUUUCUUUCUUUUCUUUUCUUCUCUCCCUCCAAGUCACUUUAUGAUGAGGCUUUUUCCAAUAUCUCGUUCAGAAAAUGUGCAUAAGCGACAUGCAUUGCACCCAUAGAUGCAUUCAAUGUUGCUUCCUAUUUUUAUACUGCUUCUGGUAACAUUGUGGGUCAACGUUGAUUCUUCUGCUGCUAAUGU